AUGAAUCGACCGCUGACCAAUUCGCAACGUGUGGUCAAACUAGGGGUGAAGAGAAGACGUCCCCCAUUGGCCUGUAUUCAGUGCUACCAACGAAAGCUCAAGUGCGGAAGAGAGUUUCCAGCUUGCAGUCGCUGCUCAAAGGCCGGAAUUGCCGAUGAUUGUACUUACCGUGGAAACAAAGGACGGGAGACGUCGGUCGAUGGCUUAUUCGGCGAUUGCCCUCCAGGAGGGGCUAACGUGGUUUCGGCAUCUACCCGCAUAGAGGGUUCGUCAACAGAGACCCUCGAUAGUUACGCGACCUCUGCCACCAAGGAAGUCGACAUGACACACCUGGAAGGGCAGGGCAACUUUACCAAAUUCUACGGGUGUAGCUAUCCCCUGAACCUUUACCAGCAGUUCACCGAUCUUCGGCCAUACAUCGUUAAAAUCAAGACCCAUUAUCCCUCCAUCAACACCCUUCGCGAUGAGAUUUAUGCACCAUUGAACGACAAACAACAGCGUCGCCAGGCUUUACAGGACGAUGCGCUGGCAAGUACUUUGAGACAGCUGAUACCCGCAAAGCCAAUCAUGGAUGUCAUGGUUCAGACUUAUAUGGACCGAUAUGAGAUAACGCAUCGGAUCUUACACAUACCGACAUUCAUCACCAAGUAUAAUGAUUACUGGGCUGAUCAAUCUAGUACCCCGGUCUGCUUUCUUGUACAGCUGCUUUUAGUCGCUGCUACUGCUGCAAGCUGUCAUCCUGAAGUAUGUAUCGACCUGUUCAGCCACAACACAACUCAUGAUCACGUUAUCAAAUGGGUUGAGGCUGCAGAAGCAUGGGUCAGUUCUCACUCCAGCCAACCUCCUCGCUCCUGGGACAGCCUCGUGACCCAUUGUCUUCUGCUUAUUGCAAAGCAUGCAAACUUUAUCCUGGAGGGUUCCUUCUGGACGUCUACCGGGACCUUAGUCCGAUGGGCCAUGGCAGCGGGUUACCACCGUGAAGUCAUCCUCGCAACGAAAAUAUCGCCAUUUAGUAGAGAAAUUCGUCGAAGAUUGUGGGCGACAAUUGUCGAACUUGAUCUCCAGGCAUCGAUUGAACGUGGAAUGCCUCCGAAUGUCCGAAUAGGAGAUUUCAACAUCAAAUCACCACUGAACGUCGACGAUGAAAUGCUCGAGGAGUCUAUGCAAGACUCUUUAGCCGGUAUGCCAGUUGCUACACUGACAAACACUUCUUUCCAAGCGCUUCUCUAUGGCUCGUUGCCUGUGAGGCUAAAAAUAUGCGCCUUCAUAAAUGGAUGUUGCGAAGAGGUCGAUUUUGACAAGAUCUUAGAACUAGAGGAGGAGCUAAGACAGGCACUCCAAGACAUUCCAGCAUGGGAUAACCCUCAAGCUGAUCCACGACAGCACCGAGCCGCGACAUACAUUAAAAACAUGCUAGGUAUCGUCCUGCACCAGUACAUCCUCUUAUUACACUUUCACUUCCUGGUCCGAACUACCUCCUCCUCUAAAUCCCUGAUUUGUCGACGCGCGAGGUUAGAAGCAUCCACGAAAAUCCUCGACUAUUACCAAAGACUCAUAAAAGAGGAGAUAUUGCCAGAGCAAGCUUGCAGGACGGGUUUAACACUCGCGGCACUGAGCAUCUGCCAUGAUAUCUACCUGAAUCUCGAAUCACGCGCCUGCGAUCAAUCCACCAUAACAAUCUUCCCACAACUUUCGGCGUUUCUCAUUGAACAUGUUGAGAAAGUCUUGGACAUUCUUGAAAAACGAAUCUCACUGACGUUGAACGGCUUAAACGAAUAUUAUAUCCUCAGUAUGACUGUUGGGUUACUCAAAGGCAGGUUAUGGCCAGAGUCGGCUGCAGAAUCGGACAAACAAGCUGGAGAGCGAGUGAUCAAACUGUGCAGACUGAUGCAGACACGAAAGGCGGCUACUCAACAACACCAGCCACUUCUAGAUGUUUGUGAUGAUGAGCUACGUGGGAAUCAGCUAUCAAUUGACGGGAACUAUAUUGGUUCCGAUAUCAUGACCGAUCUCAUUAACUCGAUUCUUCCUCAGGACUUGGAGUUUAUCAACGGGAACCUUGACCUUACCUUCUUUCAUGCAUAG